UGAUUAACCGGUCUAUGAUCAUUGAUUCGGAAAAUUAUUUAAUGUCAGCACGUGAUCAGGUCCAAAAUUAAACAGAAUACAAUCGCGAAAACAUUCUUGAACACGUUAUUCUUCGAUCACAAGGGUUGGAGUAACAUCUGUUCGUACGCUCUCAGAGAGUAUUGUAGCCCUGGUAUAUUUUAAUUUCCUCUUUUUCUGAGAUUCAGGUACGAAAGUAAUUGUUUUUUUAUCUGCUGCUACUAUAUUUUAGAUUUGCUCACCACCAAUAUAAGCGUAUUUUAAUGAUUUAGCUAUGCAUAAUGAUAAAUUUGUUUCUUGAUCCUUUUAAUAAGAGAGAAAGAUGACCGGAUUAUCGAGAGAGGCAGGCAAAAUUCUGUUGCAAAGUUUUAAUUCGCUCGUCGUUACCGAAAGAGUUCGCGAAAUUUUAACGCCGGACUUCUUUUCCCGGCUGUUUUUGCAACUUUUGUAUCAGUUUUGGCCAAAAAGAGAGGCAAGAAGAUAAAAAUUGAUUAGCUUCUGCGAGGCAUUAAUUUUAAGAAUCUCGGAUCGUAUUUUCCGACCUUUCGCCGGUGGCAAAUUGUUCACCUUUUUGUGUUUUUGAGCUUAUUUAAGUGCCGGAAAAAUAUGCGAGGGAGGAAUAUGCGCUUUCACUAAAUGUAUUGCGAAAUUUCCCGAUUGCAAGCUUAACGUACAGGUACCUUGUAAUUAGCUAGACUCUAGUCUUAAAUGAGGGUGCUUACGAUUACACUCGAUCACUCAGUAAGUCAAGAAAUAAUUAUAUUUUCUCACACUAAAAGGUUACUUUCAGCAUCAGCGGCUUUGUGAGCUCGUCGAGGAUACCCUUCCGUACUUAAGGGAAGUCAGAUAUGCCGUCUCUUUCGCUUGACUUAUUGCGAAAUAUCCCGAUUGCAAGCCAAACGUACAGGUACCUUUUUACUAGCUAGACUUCUUAAAAUUAAGAUCUACUACGUAAGGGUUCUUAAGUUUACAUUCGAUCUGUCAAUAAUUCAAGAACCGAAAAAACGUUUCCCCGCCGUACUGGAAAGUUACUUUGAACUCGUCGAGGUCACCAUUUGCAGGCAAAAUGCAUGCAAUUUCUAAUUAAGUAAACUUAUGAAAAGUUUGUGACUAUCACAUGGUUUAAUCAGAAAGCCACUCCUUUGUUUGUAAGAGUUGUUCUUGUGUCUUAAGCUGUCACGUGAGACUUGAUUUUAAAAAAGUUUUCGGCAAAGCUUACAAUGUUCACCGACCUUUGCCAAACAGAAAAGAAAAGAAAAAAAAAAACGUUGUAAGAGGAUAAUAUGAACGAAGACUAAAGGGCAGGCAAAUGACCAAAAGAUUUAGUUCAAAGUCGGAUCGACAUGUUAGUCUUGAUUUUUCAUCAUCAAGGCCUGAUCGCCCUUGGUACCCAACGCACCUUUCUCAACUAACACCAUGUGGCUAAUAUUUGAGAACAAGACUGUAUAAUUUUUCGGCACUUGCUGCCGAUAUAUGGAAUUACAGACACCAAAAGACUGAUUAGUUUCGAAUACUUUAGUGUCGAAAUUAGACAAGCCAAUCUAAGAUGAUAAACAACCGAAAAUAGCUUUUUUAUUUCUUUUUACAAUUUUGCUUUUCUUGCAUAAUAUUGCAACCAGGCGAUUCUUGCCAAAAUUUUAAUUCUUUCAUCUGACGAACGACUUUGAAAGCGUACUUUACUUUUUAGACGACACGCGUUUCUUCGCUCUCGCUGUAACAAACUAACGUUUAACACUGAAAAGACUAAAAAUUCUUUUGGUCAGUUUGGUUUGUAAAGAUCUGAAUAAAUGUAACAGAGGAACAUCUAGUGUAGAUAAAUUCCAAGUACUUCAUGGUACAGUUUUUAGCAUCCGCGAUACUGCAUUAAUCCCCAACUGAGCAGGUAAACUGGCGCCGUACAAAGUUCUAGCGUGGUGACAUCAUCCAACAAACAGAACAAACCGAGUUUAUUUUUAAUUCAUCAUAAUCUAUCCUUUUUUAGCAAGCUAUUUUUGCUGUUGAUUUGGAAACCGCACUCUUUCGUGAAAGCCCUCCAUACCAAUAUACAAGCCGGAAGGAUUGUGAACGAUUUGGUAACGAUAUUGCCGUAAUGAGAAUUGUGUUAAAAGUAUAAAACAAAGGCAUUUCUUUUGUAAAGCGACGACCUUCCUGCUUACCAGCUCAGGGAAUCAAUAUAGCUCCAAUCAAGAAGCAUUGGCAGACUUAAUAAAACUUAAUCGAACUUUAUCUCUCGAGACCAGUUCGUUUCUUAUCUAAAUUUCUGGAAAGAUUAUAUAGAAAUAGAAAACAUAUAUAUUUGACAGCUUUGGAUAUUGUCACGAGGUUAUUGUCAGAACAAUACGUUUUUCUGUAGCCGUAACCUCAGACAGUCAUCAGUCGAAAGACAACCCCCCGGUCGUCCAACAACUUAGUCAGCGGCUAUGAACAGUUUCCGCCGGGAUGGAAACCUAAACAGUCUGAAAAAUUUCUAAGAGUUUCUUCCUCUUGCUUCCGACGGUGCCAACAGAAGAAAACAACAAUAAUUAAUUUUUGCUUGAGCAAACUUGGAAAACAAACAACAUCAGAAGAAAAUUCUUCCUGUACCAGCGCAAGAAAAUAUUGCCCUUCGAUUUUUCAAGUCUAAUUCUAAGAGCUUCAGCGAAGUCACUGCGUUUUUAAUAACCAAAAGUUUAUGGCUCAAUAACAUUCUUCCGAUUUUAUCUAUAGCAACUCAGCUCCUCUGACAGCUUUUGCACGCAUGUUUUUUCAACAAGUUCAGAGUUUAGUUUUCAUGCAAUUUAAAAGGAUUCGUGUUUAGAAGCCUUACGAAAUUAGCCCCCUUUAAUUUUACACCAAUUUAAUUUAAAUUUUACCACAAGCAUUUUUACUAAUUAGUUAAUACGUCUCAAACACAAGUUAGUCUAAAAAGUCUCAUGUCCUCAAACAUUAUAAUUGUACGUGGUGUUUGUUAAAUUGUCAGCCAACACCCCUUACCUGUUUGGACUAAAGCUCCAAGUGCUUAGAGCUAAAUCCGGUUAAGCCUCUUCACACACUAAAGUAUUGACAUAAGAAGCAGCAGCUAAUAUUACUGAAACAUCUAUGUUUUUUUAGUUAAACACCCAUUUCAGUUAUCUUGCUCAGAUUUUAUAGUCAGGAAAAAUACACUCAAGUGAUACAAAACAUCGUGUUUAAAGAACAUAAGGAUAGUUUAAAUCACUGACUAGUUUUUGUCUCCGAGUCAUCAUUCAAUCUUGGAGCUAGAAAGAUUUAGCUUGCGUGUGGGAAAUGGAAAUUUUUAGGCUCUUUAAAGUCUUUGAUCAUAAUCUGAUUUAGACCUCUUGUUACUAUUGAGUGCCAAUAUCCCAAACAACUUGUCAAACUAAAAUAUAUUGUGCACUUUCAUAUUUUAAGUAAUUACUGAGUAUUCGAGCCCGGGGUUGUGGAGAUACUGAGGAAUGUCAAGGUAAAAAUAACCUCAAAAUUUAGGCUGUCCCAUUAGAACAAAACCUAGCUCUUCUUCAAGCCAUUUUGGACAGAUAAGCCAGUGUUGAGUAUUCGAUUAAUCAGCCAACUUCACAAGGAUCGUAACGUUGAGGAAGUCGGUAAGAAUCUAAACCAGUAUCUGUUUUUUUUCAAGCUGUUGCAGCUUCGAGUGGCUAUACUAUAAAUCAGUGAUUAUUAGUUAAAGAAUAACUUUACCACCUUUUUAAAAGCACGUAUGGUUUCCUUAAACCAUUUGUUUCAGAUCGUUUUUGACGCAAAAUAUUGAAUAUAAACUGUCCGCAUUGUUGUCGUGUUAGUUUUGAAUUUAAUAAGGCAGUAUUGACUGGUUUGAUUUAACAUGUGUACAAUCAACAUCUUCCUUCAAUAUGUGUGACAAGCUAUAAAGGAACUAGACUUUUUGUAGCUUUUAUAUAUUUAUAGUCGUGACUUUUUCAAUCAAGAGUAUGUUCUAGUGUGUCCCAACAUCUUUAAAAUUCUCGGUGCCAGUGGCUGGCUUUAGUUACCGGGUAGUAUUUUGGCUGAUAUAUAAAACAAGUAGGUGUUUGCUACGGUCUCAAAGUCCAAGCCGAAGCUUUAACUGACUAAUUCCCCGAACCAUUCCGGUCCCUAAAAGGGUAAAAUUUGUAAACAUGGAGUAAGCAAAGAUUGCCGCUGGUGUUGCGUUUGAUUUUUUGCGUGCAAAUAUCAGCAAAACGUUAGAAGAAAAACAAUUUCUCAUUUACCAUACACAGGUUUCAUACGAGCACAAACAAUGGCGGGAUUAUAUAGUAUUAUCAAAUAAAGUUCUGAUAUUGCAUUUCUUUUUCAUUGAAUGCGCUUGGAAAAGCUCUCUUCUGAGUUUGCCGACCCGCGGCGUUGACAUAUCACUCGACUAUCUAAACAUGUCAUUUUCUCGAGCGAGAAGGCGUGACAGCAGUUUAAAGAGGCAAGUUUUAUAACUAAAACAACAUUUUUAAGCCCGUGAGGUGUCAUUCUUGGUAUCCUAAGUGCUCUUUCUGAGGCAGCCUGUACUACUUCAGUAAGGAGAUUGUAAGUAGCUGUACUUUUGUAUUAUGGGAAAUAUAGUGCGGCUUGCCCUAGCUCCCCAAAUGAAAUCACGUUUUUUCAAAUUCAGGAUUCUUUAGAGUGCAUAUAUCUGUAUGCAAACAAUCAUGUACCCAAAGCACAUGAUCUCUUUGUGACAAAGACUUGAUUCACUUUUCGGCGUCACUGAACAAGGUGUGCUGAACACUGUGAUAAGAAACCCACCACAGGACUAUAAUUUGGAUGGAUAAACACUGGAUGAGAGAGCUAUUGUAUAGGAAUCCAAACACUUUGUUUCAUUUAAGGUACUACUAUCGGAAUGAAUUGUAUAGCGUAAUUGUUUACUUCGUUUUCCAUCAGCGGUGUACCAAAUAUGAACUUUAUUUUUGGUCAGUCUAUCUUAUUUCAGUCAUAGGUUUAGAUAGUCAGCAGACUAAGUUAACAGACAUGGUUCUUUCUAACAAUGAAAGUCUUGCUCGCUGCAAAAAGAUGAAAUAAUUGACCAGGGCAGUUUUAUACCCAACAUUUGAGACUUGUUGAAGUAGUAUCUUAACUUCAAGAAAUUUUCAUUUAUAAUUCCAGAUUAAUUUCUAAUCAGCACAUGUUAUCAAAAACAAUAUGAUUAUAAUAAGGUGCUGAGUAGGAGGAAAGAAUACGUCGGCAAGUCAAUAUUAAAUUGCUUUUACAUAUGGCUGCAAAUUUACUCUGGAGAAGAACAAAUUUGAAACCACUCAUAAAAAGGCCAUUUAUUAGAUUAAACCUUGAAAAGGCCGGAACAGAUUAUGUGCAUGUUUGUGAUAAAGUACAACUAGAAGAUUUUUCCACGAGUUUAGGCAGAUGCAGAGAUAAGACCAAAGACAUUAUUUGGUGCACAUGUAUGUGAGAUAGACUGGGACAUGAAAAGCACAAGACUCUUAAAUUACACCCUCGCGGUUUCACUUUUCACUCUUAAAUUAAUACGAUCAGGUGAUUCAUAUAACAUAAGUGAUUUUUGUAGUUGAGCUGAGAUUGUAAAUCUGUAAACUUUCUCAAAGCUAUCUUCUCGGAACCUUUGCUUUAUAUACCUAGAAAUUUACAUAAACGGGGAAUCCCCGAAGUUACGAGCUUUCCUGUUUUGAUUGGUUUAAAAUCAAUUCUUAGGAAAAUAUAAAACGAAAAUCCUGAUUGGUUGAAACGUAUGUUGCUUUGUAAAACGAAUUCUCUGAUUGGUGAAAAGGAACCCUCUCAUAUUUCCUGCUUUAUCAUCAAUUUCACUCGAUUACCGCUACUCGUGUCAAUGCCGCGUGGUCGAUGUUCGGUUGUUAAUUUCAGAAAGGAAAAGUGAAAGGUAUGCUUUCAAAUUCAGUUUCUGUUUUGCAGCUACAUUUUAGAGCAUUUUCACUUACUGCUUUCUAUAGAAGCCGUAUUAAUACGAACAAGACUGUUAUUACGGAACCAAACCUACGGUAAACACACCUGAACUUGGCGCCGAGCAAGUUCCUUGGGCAAAUUUUUUCGGCUCUUGCAGUUGUAAUAUAUACAAAAGCAUUAUAAAAGGUCAAAAAACUCGUUGGCAAGUGAAACUGAUUCAUAAAAUCGUCGAAAGCUUGCUUUAAGGAACAAGGUAGUGCGAGCAUCACUUGUUUUGAUUUCAAUAUGAAUGGAAUAGUCGUUGACCUCGUCCGGGAUCACUUUAUCACCUGUAUGAGCUUUCUCGAUAUUGUAUUUGUUGGGUUGUUGUUUUUGCUUGAAAUACGAGGCUGUUUUUGUUAUUGCUCGACCUUGUGAUUUUUGAAUGAUGUCGCAUUUCGUUUGUACCUGUCGGAAGGAAAGGUGAACGUAACAUCUGCAUAUAAACACGAACCCGACGGCAAUUGUUUUGCUAAACAGGAAAUGUAUCGGCAUGAAUUAUAGUAUUACCUUGUUGACUUUUGCAUAAAGGUUUUGCGUUUUUUCCAAAGUUUAAACUCCACUUGCUAACUUCCAGAAGAAGCAUGUCCUCCCUUUUUCAUUUCUGUGGUUUUUGCUUUUCUUCGUUUUUCGUGCGAUAGUGCAUGUGACGAUAUUUUGGAUGUCAUAAGACCGAACUCACGCACGAGUGAAGGAAUUCGAUUCUGCAUGCUAAGCUAAUAGAACUUUAUUUCUUUAGUUGUUUUCACAGUAACCUAACGCCUUCCUUGAACAUACUUAAAAGAAAAUUUCAUGCCUCUGUCCCUUUUUUCAUUGAAAUCCUUCCUCUUUUAGAAGACAAAACGAAGUCAAUAUGGCGGAACAUGUACAAGUAGAACCGACGAUCUCCAGUCUUAACGAUAGGCAGUUUAAACGCCUUCUCGACGAUGUUCGGGGAGAUAAUAGUUCCAGGUGAGUCUUUCUAAGAAAAGUGAACGAUGUUAAACUUAAAUUCCUUGAGAAACAGGGGUCAUGAUCUUAUAUUAGCCUAACUCUACCUGAACAUAAAGCUUAUCAUUUUAGUAAAUGGCGUAUUUCCCGUUGCUUGCUGUAAUUUAUUUGGCUUGUUUUCAUUUCCCUUGAACUUGUUUGUUGCAUCAAAUUCAAGAGCAUUUUUAUUUCGUCGGAUUAACGGUUAUGUGUGCUGAUUUUUGUACAAAGCCGAAUUUUUCUUUUUGACGGCUUUGUAAUUCGAUUCUAUAAUCAUGUUCCUUGGUCAGAAAUCGUACAUUACAGUCGUUGUUGUCGAUUUCCUUUGUCUGUAACACUGAGUAACAAAUCGAACUUGUUUCUGCAGGGAGCAGUGUUUUCUCCUUCUUAAUCAAAAGAUACAAGUUGCUACAGAUGUUGCGUUUUUGACACAUUUAAAAAGCGAAAACUAACAGCUGUUUACUUAAAUAUUGGCAUCCAAUAAUUGUACACGCACAAGCCUUUAGUUUGUCACGCAUUUCCGCAAGGACACGUGUAAAUCUUGGGUUUUAUAGGAGUGAUCAAUUUAAGUGAAGUGGAACAAAUAAAGAAAAAACAGUUUGUACGAAGCCCUCUGAACUGCUCGGGUGUAUAAAAUGUUUUAUACAAAUCUCGACAUGCAGAAGGUCAUUGAAAACGCAACUUCAAGGUACUGGUUCAGCAUGUUUGAUGUUGAGCUUUGAACUUUGUUUUCUUGCUUAAACUACAACUCUAAUUUCUCUGAAUUGAAAAUGCAAAUACUUUUAAACUUGUUAUAAAGUAACUUGAAAAACAGUACGGUACAAGCUUCUUAAGCUAGAAGAGAAUCGGGUUAGGGCAGAAUGUUUCUACGAAAACUGCUGUACUAACUACAUCAUGUCUUGGUCAAGUAUUAUUUGAGUAUUUUCACUUUAGUUUAAUGAUCAUUUCAAACAUUCAUGUAUCAUUAAAUCUUAAACUGUAAGCUUCAGUAUGUUAUAUGUACAUGCUUUUUGCAAAUGCGACAUUCCUUUGAAGGUAAUUUUCUCAAUUUUAAUACUUGAAAAAGAUGUUGUUGGUAUAAGAUAAUUUUUUUUUGGUGAAGUGACACAUGGAGCUUAAAUUUGCUCUGUAAAUUCCCCAGUUUAAUUAACACAAACUGACUGUAUAAGUUGUCGUUAUUAUAAGGUUACCUAUAUUGUACUUUUUCUAAGUUCCCCAUUUUGGCAAUUUGCCAUUUUGUGGCAAAAAGGUCAAUAAAAGGUUUGGAUGUAAGGAGUGAGCUCAUGGAACAAACGUUUUAGGUUUUUUGUUGUUUGAUGUUAACAUUCUACUACAUUUGGGUGUGUACUUUAGGAUUUCAAGUGGAUAGUUACUGAAAAAAAGUCUGCACCACUGAUAGUAAUAAUAUUAUUAUUUCAGUGGAAAGUUCAUGUGUGGAGUAAAAGUGAAGAAUCUCUUUAAAGUUUAAAGUUCAGCUUUCUUUUGGUGCAGUUUCACUUUCUCUUGUAUUAACCUUUUUUAUGAUCUGCUCUGACAGUAAGUAAAUAGUAACACUUAAGGCACUAAUUCCUGUGAGAAAAAAAAAGCAAAAAAGAGGCCGAUGAUGACAAUUGUACAAAGGUUUUAUCCAUGUAUUUUGUAAUGUAUUCUUAAUAAUUAUUAUAUUUUUAAAUAAGUAUGUAUACAAAGUCAGCCUUAAUUUUUUGGCACAUGAUUACAAUGUGAUCAGUCACACAUACUCAAUGUGAAGAAAGUAGUGUGAAAAAUUACUUUUGAAAUUCUUCCACUGUUUCUAAUUUGCCAGGAGUGUGCAACCCUCCUUUGAUGCUUGAAACUUUUACUUCACAUCAGUUGAGAUCUUUAACAGAUGGUAUUUAUAGCGGAGUGUAUAAGCUAGUGUAGCUACAUUCUCACAUCUAAGUCACAUUUUGUAUUAUAAUAUUUUCAGAUAUUGUAUCUUUAUGAGUUCUAGGUUAACUUGUGGUACUUACUUGGUGCUUUGUGCCCGAGUUUCAGCAAUUUUUUUCUCUUGUCUUUGUGCAUUUCUUAUAUUUCAUAGGAAUGGUUAAGAAUAUAAUACAAGCCAGCCCAAGCUUGAGUAAAGCGGUGUUGUGUUUCUGCAGGCUUCUUUUAUAGUGUUUGUGAUAAGUUUUACGAAUGAUACUCUAGAAAGAAAUGUGAAAUUUUAUUUGACAAUCAGGUAGAUAUGGCUUUUCUACAUGCAUGUUGACUAUAGUGUUCAGUGCCCUGAUAAGAAAAACUGUGACAAGCAAUGUGGCCUUAAGACAGAAACAUAAGGCCAAAUUAGUGGCGACAAAAGUGUCAGAAGCUCGAUUCAGAAAAUUAUUGUGACACUGUAGGAGGUAAGUUCAAUAGUAAAGUGAAAAAGCAAAAAUGACAUCAUUUCCGUAUCAAAAUGUGAAAUAAAACUUAGGUGUCACUAUCCACCUCCACCCUAAAAUGGCCUCAUGGAUAACUAUGGUCCUUGAACCCUUAGAGCCAUAACAUUUAUGAAGACCUGACUUCUCCUUACAUUGACAUUGAGUCACCAAUCAUAAAGGUCAUGAGAAACAAAGAAGUGAUCAUUUAAAUAUGAAUGUAUGACUGGCCCAUGAUUUCCUUCAUUAGGGAGGGGGUUGGGUGCUGUUUCUGCUCUGUGUGGCUGUAUACUGUCAGGGGUAGGGUUUACUAGCAGUUUUGCUUUGGAUAGGUUAUAUAUUUUAGGGAGGUGUGGUCUUAUAAGUGUUGAGUAAGAUCAUUUGAUCAGUGGUAUAGAGUUUCGCAAGUUAAUAAAGUACCUGGAUGCUAGCAAUUCUUGUUACCCAGUCUAAAAUAUUGUUCUGUUUGUUCUAAAUUUAUUAAUAGUAAGGUGGCAUUUUGCACUCUUGCAUUUUGUCAGUCAGCUAUUUUCCUUGUCCCCAAUAGCAAUCCCAGAAGUCUUUGCAAGAGUUAAUGGAGCCCAGUUUCCUUGUCAUUGUCAAAGUUGCAAAACAACCUUUGAUGGUCUGUACUUCAUUUAAGACAAUGUAUAAUGUCCUGAGCCACACCCAUUUAUGAUUAAUGGGAACUGGGUUGACUUGUGUGUGUUUGGGUUUAUAUUGAGGGGAGGGAAAAAAUCUCCAGAUUUAAGAUCUUGAGAGGUUGGCAUUUCUUACAAUAGUUAGUAAUCACAACCUUUUAAUAUAAUGUCAUUUUGAAAUACAGUACAACAACAAGUAACAAAUUUUAAGGAUCAGUCUUUCUAAUCUGUGGUCUUAGAUUUUUUUGUAAGCCCUGGCUUUCAUACUGUUGUAACAUUUUUGUUCUUUAAUUCAAGAAAAGUGGUUCUUGUUAAGGAUUUUCUUGUUAAACAUCUUAAGUUAGUUUAAGGAUUAAAUCCUUCUCCUACUUUGGCACUCAUCCUGUUAAUUUGUCUGGUUAAAAAAAAUUGGCCUUAGAAGUCUACUAAACCUAUGGGUUUCUUUAUUUUGUACUUUGGAUACAGGUAAAAGGAUUUAAUCUGCCGUAAAGUGCUUAAGUUACACUUUAUCCAAAAAGCAGUGGGCAUGCAACUUCAAAUUCUGUCAAUCAAUGAUAGUUUUUGUUCCCUAACUUAAGUUUUGCAAAAACUUGUUGUUAUCAUCAUUUGAAGUGUGUAUGAUGUAAAUAGAACAAUAGGCUGUCAGUUUUCGGGCCAGCUGCAGGGGCUUGCGUAAAAUCAAAAGUGCAAGGUCAGCUAGUUUUUUGGCCUAGUCCUAUUUGUAGUUCUCUGAAACAUUAUCGUCACUGAGCAGAAAUGAGUUACUUUUGUUUUGAGAAUUCCCUUUACUUCAAGCUCAAGAAUCUUAGGAUGCUGUCUCUUGCCCUUCCUUCAAAAAAGUAAAAGUGUGUGAAGUUGUCUUUGUAAGAGGUUGUAUCAUUGUUUGUAUAAUUUGCACCACUUUUUGUCUUCUUCCUUAACAACAGUGCUUUAACUAACAACAACAACAAACAUUAACAAACAACAUUAACAACAAAAAAGCAUUUUGUUUCAUAUAGUUACUCAAUGCUCAUUUUAUAUAAGAGGUGAGGAGAGAACCUUCACUUCCUACACCUCAGCAACCUUUUUUUAGUUUAUAAAAUGAAAUUUAACAAUUUGGUUAUCCAAUAAAAGCUGCUGAGGAAACUCACUUUCACACAGUUUUUUAUAAGCUGUUUAAUUGUUUCUAUUGUUUUUAAUUAGUGUUGUCAUAAAAUUUUUUUUUUGUGAAGGAGUUCUUGUCUUUUUGCCAUUUCAGUAGUUUGCACUUGUAACCUUGUAUUUUAAUUGAUGUUGAGUUGCAAGAUUAUUAUAAGUAGGUUAUUUGCAUCUGCUAAAACAAAAUUAAUCUCUUUUGAGGAUACAGGCAGUAUGUUGACAGGUGCUUGUCUGUAUGUUGAAAAGAGGGAAAAAGCCCUCCACCUCUGAUCAUGACAUUUAAUAGUUUUUGUGGUUAUGUUAAGUUUCUGGGACCAAGACCAAGAUAGUUAAUGUUAAUUUGCUUCUAGCAUUUUUUUUUUAAAGGAUAAUUACAGGGUUUGUUUUGUUGUAGUAAGAAAAAUUACCAUCAAUUCUUUAUUUAGUCACAGACUGUUGAACUUCUGAAAUCACCCUGCAGUUACAGAGGGAUCAAAUGUCCUUUGUUCUUUUAAUUUUAUUAUCUGGGGAUAUUACACAAGAGCUGUUAAGAUAACAGAAUGACAAGUUGUUAUGUAAAGAUCAAAGUUUUUGUUUUUAUAAGCUUUUUGCUGGCAUGGUUAUCACGUGUGUAUUGUCUCCUUUGUUUUUAUUUUAAUCUAAUUGGUUAAUCGCACAAUGCUCUUUGUACCUCACUGGUGUAAUGUUGGCGCAUAAACAAUACUUGGCACAUUAUAGUGUGAUUAUUGUAAACUUAUUAGAUGACACCAGUCAAACCUUUAAAGCCUAGUCAGUGUUGAGUAUUCUUUCACUUCACAUGGCACAGAAUCUUUUCAGGUCAGGCAGUGUCCAGGGUAUUUUGUCUUAGAGUUAAACAGACAUAUCUUUUGCGAACUAAAAUGUGUAGCUUAGAUGGUGUUCAACUCCCAUCAAAGAUGUGGCCAGAUCACAAAGAUUUUAACUUUAGGUAUGAUGCAUUACUUUACUAACAUCAGGAUUCUCUUCUUUGUAUGUGUUUUUUGAUAAUUUGUUGUCUUUGUUAAGGUGUACAGGUACUGUACUAAGAUGAAGCUUCAUCUUUGACUUGAAGUAUUGACCCACAACUCUACUUAAGGUUGAAAUGUUGCAUUUUCUGUUGUAUUCAGUGAAAGGCUUAGGUUCUUUGGGGUGACAACCAAAAAACUGCACAGAGUUUGUUAUAAUCUGCAUGAGGCAUCAAAUUAUGUCACCCAACAAACUUUGUCCAGCUAUUUUAAUGAGCAGUGUAAUGCCUGAUGUGGUUGAAAUCCAUAACUGUUAACCUUUCUAAUUUUAGUAUUUUUUUUAACUUCUGGAAGACUUAUAUUUUGUUUUGAUUUUUUUGCAGUUUUCUAUCUAUGGGCGAAGGUAUGUAUAAAAAGUCUUACAUGUUGUUGUUGAGAUAUUUUACAAGCAUCUUUUAGAGAGAGAGAAAAGAAGAAAUGUUGAAAUCACGGCAUUUUUAUUGUAGGUUAUAUCCAUGAGUGUUUACCAACAAAAUUGAACUGUACAAGAGCUCUUGUGUCACACAAGAGUUCUUGUUUGCCUGCCCAUGGUCAAUAUAAAAUGUAAAUUACUAAAAUUCAAUCUUAAGCAAAAGGUAAUGUUUUGCUCUAAAAUCUCUGUCUGUAGGACGUAAAUUGAUAUUGCCUGUAUUGUUGUCCUUGUAUUUUAUUACCGUACAGAUUUCCCUCUGAAGUAACACGAGACAAGAAAGACAGAAAAUUAAAUUACACCUUUGACACCCCGAGUGGAUGUCUGAUGUAUUGGUCAUGUCUAAAAGUGUCUGACAAUCCAUUUACAUAUAUUUGAUAUGCAACUGUGAUGACUUCUGAUCAAAAUAAUGCAAUCCCUGGAGAAAGAGAUCUUCAAAAUUAGGGUUGAUGAAGGAAUAAUUGUACAAUAAUGGACUGUAAGAUUUGUUAAUUGCUCAUAGCUAGAUCUGCUCAAGGUCAAAAUCUACUCUAUAAGAUGCAGUUGGAUGGCAGCUUAGGCACUUGAAAGUAGAAUUAAUAGAUACGCAAUAACUUCCUCCAGGCCUUCACAGUCCUUGGGUUAACUUUUUUCUUCCUUUUUUUGUUGUUUUUUCAGAUUCCCAUGAGCCAAUGAGCUUUACUGCAGGAGACAUGAGAUUUGGUCCACAAUUUCAAGUAAGAAAUCAAAAUAUAUUUAAGUUCAAGAUUGCGCCCAUUAUUGUCAACCGGCUUUUAGCUUUGUAAGCAAAAAUAUAAUUGUGAACAGAAUGUUAUCUUGUUUGUGCUUAAGGUUAGCAACUUCGUUACUAUAGUUCAAGAGCCAUUGAAUUCAUUCUUCCUGCCCUUAUUUGCUGUAUUAAGGCCUUAAAUGUUAGUAUUGGAAAGAGAUGAGUAAAUUUCCUUGUCAUAUGAUUUGCAUAUAACAGCAUCUCAUGCAAAUUUCUCCUUAGGGUAGACAAUAUAAGUUUUAAACAACACUAGUGAAAGUUUCACCAGGAACUGUGGAAAAUUAGGAUAACAUGGGAUUAAUGUUCCUAAAUUUAGUUCCUGUGAUCAGCAAGGGAUGUUUUUUUUUGAUUUUUCACUGGUUGUGUCAUUACCUGAGUUAAAUCAUGCAUUAAUAUCAGUCUUCUUCAGAGGAUCUUAAACUUGCAAUUUUAUUGCCAAAAAUUGUUUAAUUUUUUUGUGAAGAGUUUUCAAUAUCUUCUUUGGUUAGUGAAGUAGGUGGUACACUGUAGCAAUAUUGAGCAAUGUUGUACUAUUUUUGUGUUUUAGAAGGAGGGUGGACAUUGAGCUAAUUUUAGUAAUAAUUGUGACAGUAAAAUCUCAAGUUUUGCUUUUGUUGCUUGCAAGUGCCACAUUUUGCGAAUUAAACCAGUGUAAAUUUUUACUUACAAAAAAUGAAAUAAAGCCAAAAGUAUUAGGGAAAGAAUUGCUUUAAAGUAACCACUUUAUACCAAAGAAUGCCUCACACAAACAAUCAUCAGGUAGAUCAUGUAUUUCAUUUCAUUUUAAAUUCUGAAAACUCUGUGCCUGUGAGACAGUCAUAGCAGCAACAUUUCAUUUGAAUUGUCGUACUCGUACUAUUUAGAUAGUACUAGUUAUCUAUAUGUGUACUACAGAUAUUCGCCUCUGAUAUUAAGAGGGUUAACUAACUGAAUUUUUAAUAAAUUUUUUGAAAAAAUAUUUUAUAUGGAAGGUGUGACAGAGGCACUCUGCCAACAGGAACUGAAAUACAUGUGCAAUAAAAUUGUUACAUCAGAGAACUGUUUAUGCAAGUGAGCUUAUUUAUACAAAAUCUAUUUUUCUUCUCUUGGACAGGGCGUAACGAUAACAAGUUCUCCAUCAGAGUUGCCGACAUCCAGCAGUCCCCAGCCAUCAUACUCAAAUCCCCCUGCCUACCCAUAUAACAUCGGUCAUACGUCAUACUCCCCGAGUAGCUCAACUGGGAAUAGGAAUGCAUCCAUUUCACCCAUCAACACCAGUCCUUAUGACAAUGUAAGUAAAUUAUAAUUUUUCCAGAAAGAAUCCACAUUUCCACCACAGAGGGUUCAUUGUUUUAAAAGAUGGUAAAAGUAAAGAGUCCUUAUUUUAUAAAGUUACUGUAGCUCAAACGGUCAUCAUUUGACUGCCAAACCUUACACCAAUAGUGCACACACUUUACCUCCUUCAGGGCUCAAUUUUAGGAUGAUUUUAAGUUACUUUUAAAUAUACAGUUACAUGGAAAGGAAUGAAGUCGAAACAAGGAUUUGAGGUCACCUUUUUGGGACCUCUUGCAUGGAGGGCUCUGCAUUAACUAACUGUGUCAGUCACAUAUGGCUGAGCUUAUUUAAGUUUCCCCCUCACAAUUUCCUCUCUGGAAAUUCCAGGUUAGGCUUAAAUUUCUGAAAUGUUUAAGAUAUCUUUUCAAGGGAGGUAUGACUUUUUUUAGAACAGCAACGUUGUUGCUUAAGAAAAGGCUACAUUUCUCUCAACAGGUGAGCAGCUUCAGUGAAGCGUCACCCCCAGGCCCAUCCAUGUCCCCUCCAAACAUGUUUUCUGUUGUUUCCCGACUGCCCACUAUUCCAAGUACAUCAGAAUACCCUGGUGAUAUGGGAUUCCAGAUUUCCUUUGGACCUUUGACUGAGUCAGCUUCAAAAUCUGCCACAUGGACCUAUUCUGAUGUGUGCAAAAAGCUGUAUGUGAAUCUGGCCAGUUUCUGCCCCAUCAAAUUCAAGACGAAUAUGCCCCCACCACAUGGCACUGUCCUGAGAGCCGUUGCUGUUUUCAAAGGGUCCACAAACCUUCAUGAUGUGGUGAAGAGGUGUCCAAACCAUAUGGAAAGCUCCAAUGAUGGUAAGAUAACAACUAUGCCUGAGAAAUAUUUGUGAUACUAUUUGCUUAUUUUGGGUUGAUUAUGAUGCCGUAUGUGGGAAUAUUUACGGGUGUAAAGUGACCAGCAUCAAGUCAAAAAGCUAAAGUGUUUUUUUUUUUUAAUGUAGGGUCUGCUCCAAAGGAUCAGUUCAUCCGCAGUAACAACCCCGCUGCUCAUUACCACACCUGUCCAGAGACCUCGAGGCACUCUGUGAUAUUGCCAUACAAUGGACCACAAGGUAAGGAAGAUGGCUUGUCCACACCCAGGACCUCUUUUUAUGCAUCAUUCUACCCUCUUAUAUAAACACAUUGAAAUCAGGCAAGAUGUUGGAAACACAGCCAGCCUGUUUCAUACAAUAUAGAGGUCUUAGCUGAAGUUGCGAGAGCUAAGUUCUAAGACUGGCUAUUACUGAAAUAGUAAUAAUAAAAAAACAUGGUUUUUCUAGUGCACUAGACUGAUUAGCAUUUUACAACACCACCUGGCAAAUUGAAAUUGAAGUAUUUUUUAUUUAAAUAUUUAUUUAUGUUUGGUUUGUAGUGGGGACUGAAUAUGUGACAGAGAUGUUUGCGUUCAUGUGUUUCUCGAGCUGUGCUUCUGGUCCCAGCAGAAGACCAGUGGAAGUUAUAUUUACUUUGGAGAAGGACGGACAGACUCUUGGUCGACGAGUUGUUGAAAUAAGAGUCUGUGCCUGUCCUGGAAGAGACAGAAAAUCUGAUGAAAGAACAGCUUGUGGCGAACCAAGUUCAUCUCAGGCAGCUGGAAAGCGCCCCAGAAAAGGUGUGUAUUAUUUUAACCUGGCAAAGUGUGUAGAGAAAUGUUUUAAAAGGAAAUUAAAGUUUCAAGUGCGACGUCAGUUUUACUAUAAUGUUAUCUACUUUCUUCUCUUUACAGGAUCUGGUAACAGGGGACCUGGUGCUAAAAGACGGCGAACCAGCUCAAGAAACAGCACAGACGAGGAAUUUGUCAUAACAGUAAGUUAAACAAUAUUAGCGUCCUUAGAAUCCAGUAGCGCUUGUUUGAAAAAGGGUUUCUUGACGAUGAAAUGACAAAACUUAACUUUGUCGGGAAAGAGAUUUUUUGCAUUAUAGAGAGAGAAGACAGUUUUUUUUGGUAGCAUUAACCUUCACUUAUUUUUCUUAUCUUUCAGGUCAGAAGUCGACACGUUUAUGACUUGUUGCUGGAUUUCAAGGAAAAGUUGGAGGAAAAGUUUGAGUCGCUGAAUAUUGAUACUUUGUAAGUAAACAGCAAGAAAUGAAACAGUUAGAAUCUGACGAUUUAAUAUCCUGCUUGUCAGUUUUCAUAUGAGUUACCAAUCACAAUUUGAACGUCUUUUUCGAUGAUAAUGUUGUUGAAAUUGGUAGUGUUGUUGGUAAUCCGUUGACACUUUCCAUUAAAACUAAACUUUUUCAGGCCAGUUUCUGCUCCGUUUGUACGAGUUACAGGAGAAUAAGUUUCCGUUGCUAUCUAAACACUUUUUAUGGACUAGUUUUUGUGAGUGUGAAAAAUUAUCGUGAUCUUAUUUUGCUGGUGAAAAUUCUUCCUCGUUGGUAAAACGUUCGUAUCAUAUUGUACCUUGUACCGAGUUCCUUCGUAAGCUCUUACAGUUCACCCAUUAGCUGGUCACUUGAAAGUACGUGCUCUCUUAAAAACUUUUUUAUUUUUAAACCUCUUAGAGCGGAACAACAAAAGUUAACAAAAGAUUAAGAUUUGAAGCUUUAGUAAAUCUAAUAAAUUCUGGUCUGUGAUGGCCCAUUUGAGGACUUAAUGGUAUCGUGCAAUUAAAAAAAAACGAUCUGUUGUUUACGUAUCUGUAACGAUCUACAACGAGGUGACAAAAAACGAAAACGAGAUAUAUUAACUAGUUAAAAAAAAAAAAGAUUAAACAUGGUCGGUUUUCCAAACUUUGCUUUGAUAACUCCCAUAAAGUUUAAACAAAGUGGUUUAUUGUUUACAGUUUGUUUGUUACAUUGGUGUCAAAGUUUCAACUUUGUAUCACGUUUUUAUGCCAAAACUCCAAGAAAGUAAUGUAUCACCAAAGAAUCGACAAUCUAGUUCCAGUUGUAUUUUUGAAUAUUACAGUUCAAAAGGGAGAAGUACGUUUUUUCAGAAAACCUCUGUUUUACUCAGCUCGAACUUUGGCCGCCUUGGAAUAGUUCGAAAUAUUUUUUGUCCGCUGAUGGGCGUUGCUUUUGCCGUAAUUUUCCGGUGAAUUGAACUUUGUCUUAUAACCACUCAAAUAUAUCUCAGCUCUUUGUUUGUUUUUAAGUUUCAUUGCAAGGUUAGUGCAAACACGAUCUUCAAACAAUAAAUCUUUUUUUCUCUCUGCAUCUCGGAAGGUUAUGUUUUUGGUUCAUAAACUGUUUCUUUUUUCGUAAACACGAUCUUUGUCCUUAUAGAUGAACUUACUCUUCGGCUUUCAAUGCUUUUGUACGUAAACACGACCUUUACAUCGUACGAUUGUCGCUAUCUUGUCUGGCGACCUCUGUUGUAGAACAAUGGAUUGUUGGCAAGUUUUGUUGUCAAAUUAAAGGCUCAAAACGUGUCAAAUGGUGUGAUUUCAAAGAUCACAGCGUGUUUUCAUUCGCGAUGCAGGCUGAAGAUCUUCUAGUGAACCUUGUUAAAAUGACCGCUACUGCCAACUUUUAGUCGUGAUCAGACCAAAAUAAUUGCAUGAGAACUAUUGAGCAGUAUGUUUGUGUUUUGUUAGCUUGUUUUACUUUCCUUUUUCUAUUGUAAACCUUUUGUUGUUAGCGUUGUUAAGUUCUUUGUUAUUGUAUUUGCUCCUUCUUACGUCUGCCAAUUAAUUCCCUGCAAGGCGAUCAUAAACAUUGCUUAAUUUUCGACAGAGCUGCCAAAAAUUUGCCCUGACAUGCAUUUUGCGUUGUAAGCAAUACGUGUUGACCAUCUAUUUUCGAUAAACCAAUUAUUUGCCGGCCUUUUAAGUCUGGAUAAAAUAUUAUGAUUGUUUCUCGGACAUGAAGUUCAGUUAAGAUUGCGGAGUGAGUAUAGUUAUCAAAGCACAGCAUUACCAGCCUUCAAGUUUACGUCCGUCGAUUAAAUCGUGAAUUGUGUCUUGGCAAUACUGUUCACUGAUUUGCUACAGUGGCAGUUUUAACUGAAAUUAAACAAAGGAGCAAUUCGCAAAGUUGUUGGAUUUUAGCUCCAUUAGUUCUGUAUUUUUUUUCCUAACCUACUCCCAUGCAUCGUGAACUUCAAAGUUAGACCUGUCCACUUAGUAAUGUUUUCAAGUGCUGCUAUUUGUAGAUUUAGCUACGUUCAUUUGUCAUCUUUGAGUUGAACACCACCUUUGCUAUUUCUUGGUAGGGUUCUCAGCACUUCUGAAGACGAAGGAGAACAACCUUCAACAUCAGGAAGUCCUGGCUCUGUGUACAAGCGAGGUGGCAUGUCGAUGUAAAACAUUUACCAUGCGGCAAGAGGAAGCAGCUUUGCUCCCUUCAUUGUUUCGCUUCAGCGAAGCUUGUGUGGCGCCAGCGGGUAUCUUGCAUGCGUCAUAAGAGUUAUUUUUGUUUGCCAUUUACACUGGUAGCUAAAAACUAUUUUUCGGGUCUGUUGAAAUUUUGUUUUUCUUGAUCAAUUUUGCUGUGCUUUUUCGUAGUUUGUUAUUUUAGCGCUUCGUUGUUGUUCGUUCAAAGUCUUUGUGGGCUGAUUCAAGCAAAGCUUUUGUUUUUGUUACAAUCAAUUUCCUUUUGAAUUUUAGCUAUCAGUGUGAAAAGAGAGAAGCCUGUGAGCAUCUGCCAUUAUGUUUUCGGUUAACUUGAGUGUAAGGUUCACAUGUUCUUGAAUACGCUGAGCCAAAACAAUGUUAUCCCUCUGGCAAUACUUCAUAUUUUUUUCUUUCAGUUAUUUUUGGUGGAUAUUUGCUUAUUUUUUUAAAGCAUUUUUGAAGAUGGUGUAUGGUGUACUCAUUCAGGCCUCUCAAAAAGGCUUUCUUCGUUACAGAAGUAAGCCACAUUUUGCUUUAAAUUUUCCUUAACAUGCGAUGUUAGGCUUUCGUUUGAGUAAAGUAAGACGCGCAUGUCUAAAGAGUAUUUCAUUGGGGCAUAUAAUCUUUGGUUUUUACAGAGUUCAUCUCCCAAUGUUCCGCUUUACGCUAGGCGUGAAAAAGCAUCGAGCAGUGAUUUUAGCUGUGAAUAAUAAUUUAUCGCAUUUGCUUUGUUGUACGAAGCUGAUUUAGCCGUUAAGGUUUGCUAAUCGCACAAAAUUGUGCAAGAUGAUGAAUUUAUUUCAUUAUUAAAACCGCGCGACGAAAUUCUGGUUUUACAGAUUGGAGUUGCAUAUAUGUUUGAUUAUAAAUUGAUUUUUUAUCUAUAUGCAACUUGUAAAAUGAAGCAUUUCCAAACAAUACUGCAUAAAUUUCGAAAUUGUAAGCCUCUUUCCCGUAACCUCUUUCAAAAUUUUCAUGUCGCUACUGCAACUGUACUGAACGAAUCUUUCAUUCGCUUUUCUUCCUGAAAGUUGGCGCCUUUAGCUUACUCUGUUGAGGGAAAAGACGAGAGUUAUGGGCAACGCCCCCAAGGUCUUGAUAUUGUACCGUAAUCUUCGGUUUUACUGCUACUGUUCAUCACGGUCUUCUGUAUAUCCACUGACUUGGAAAUUGUGUGUUACUUUUCCCAGCUCAAGGCGUUUUU